UGCUGAUGUGUUCCCCCUCGAUUGCCCGCAGUGGGAGACUGUCAAGCCCAAUGCUCCCCCUUACCACUUCUGAUGCUUCACAUACCACUUUGAUGCUCGCCAUCCAUCUUGAUGACAAAAUCUCAUCCGCCUCUCUCACCCACCCGUGUCAGCUUGUCUCGCCUGCUUGCGACGCGCUUCUCCGCGGCCGUGCCCCCGUCGCUCAAUCGAUUGCCGCUCAGCAAGCGACACUUGGCUCGCACGCCGUCUGCCGACAAGUCGAGUCGGUCUGAUUGCGCUCACGCUCCCUCACUUGUUGCUUUCGCUUCUUCCCUUCCAUCCUCUCACUCCGCCCCCUCACACGCUACUAUGAGCGUAGCAGCGAGGAGCGCUCCUAAUCCCGUUACCAUCCCCGUAGACCCCUGGGACCUCGAGUACGAUCCAUCCGCGGCUGCCAUCGACGUGGGCCCUCCUUCGCCUUGCACCCGCUCAUCUUCGCCCGCCUCGUCAUCUUCCUCCAACCCGCCUUCCUCACCCGGUGAUGUAGACGCCCCUCACUCGCCCACCCUGCCCACUUCGUCAACACCGCCCUCGAUCAACUCGCCUCCAUCGAUGCGCCUCAGUGUAGUCGCACCACCUGAGCCACUACUACCUCAAUCCCCCGUAGCGGCAGCGGCAGCGGAGGUGCCCACAACCCCUCCCCACUCAAUGUCAACAUCGCAGAACCUCUACCCUCACCGUAUCAACCAUGGCUUCAUCUCAGACCAAAGCUUCCGUAUCAGCGACGCCGGCAGCGAAUCUUCUUCCUCCAACUCAAGCCCGCUUGCUCAGCGCUCUUCGUCGCUCAGUAGACUUGCUCCUGGUAUGGGAUUCGACCUGAGCCAGUCGAUGCAAGUGCCGGGGGACAAGAGCAUCGAGGAGAGUGAGGAGGAUGCUCAAGCCGUCUCGGCCAUCCUGCCGAGCACCAACAUCAUCCCGGCGACCCCAUCACCAGCCGAGAGGGGCAUACAAGCCUUGCCGCCCUUGAGUCCAGUCGCCGAAGGUGACAGCCAGGACCACCUGAGUGACAAGCAUCAUCAAGACGAUUGCGGUGAACACCUGGGUGACACUGCACAAGAGCUCUUCCUCACUCCGCUCAUGCCCCGCAGCGGGUCCACUUCGUCUACCACCUCCUCCAACCCGUCUUCCAUGGCCAGCAAGGCAUCCGGAUCCGGUUCCGCCUCUACUUGGUCAAGCCUACCAUCCUCGUCCACCUUUGGACACUCGAUAUCCACAGGCUUAAGCUCGAUCGCUUUUGCCCACAGCUAUCCGCCUCUGCCCCUUGGCGACGUCCAAGAGCUCAAGAGGGGCGUCCAUGAUCUGACUACCCCCGAGAUGGAUGGUCAGAUCAAGGUCAACCGCAGCGAUGAUGACAAGACGGCUCACCAUAACUCGCAGCCUUUUGUCCUCCUGGGCCCUGAAGAUCAGCUUGCCGGGGCGCCACUCAACGCCGCACCCACAUUGCUGAACGGCCCCUCCUCGACUUCUCCUGCUUCCCCUUGCUUCACCCACAGCAACCACUCCAGCCAAGCAACGACACCUCUCGCUCACGUGCCCACAGUCGACAUCACCGCCAUCGUGGCCCAAGCGGUACGUACCGUCCUUGCCGACUUGGCCGAGCAGCGCACGGAGGAAGACGAGCGUCGCAAGCAGGAUGCGCGACAGCUUCUGAUCUUGCUCAGGGAGGAGAUGGUCAAGACUGCUGAGGCUGCUGUUGGAAGUGAGAGGCAGGAGACCCUGCACAGGACCAGGGCAGAGGGCAACGAGGGAGGCAGCAAGCUCUACGAGUCCGACACAAGCAUGCACAAAGACAAUGCCCUUCGGCAGCUCGAUGCUCGCAUAGUGCUUGACGUGCUGGACGAACGCGCUCAAAAAGUCAGAGGAGUGAGUCAUCGAGCCACCCUCCGUGGCGCCACGCAUGACGCUGACUGGCAUCUUCAUGCGCAGGUCCGCCUCCUCUCCUUGAUGAUUUUCGCCCUCCUAGCUAUCCUGGCGAUGACCGUCGCAAGCAACAGACGCCUUCAGCAAUGCGAGGUACGCUCCGACUUUGUCCUCGAUCAGAAGCCAUCGGAGCAAUAUCAAUCACGCCAGCAGCGUCUCCACCUAGAUGAUUUCGGUGAGCAGCCCGGCGGCCGCGUGCAAUAUUGGCCAGAAGGGGCGGCAUGGGCUUUGAGGAGGUUGGGAGCUCUUUGAGUCGUCGAGGCGGAGCAUCACAUUGGACUGAAUGGCGUCGAAAGGGAGUUGGCAUUGUAGGAAGAAAGUAAUCGACAAAGCUACCUUUUGAUAGACGUGAAGAGAUCUCGGGCUUCUGGAACCCGUUAGCGUCCCCCCAUGUGGGCUCGACAAGGCGACGUCUGUUUGCGGGUGCCCUUGCGAGUGGCUGAGCGGGCAAAAGGGUAGAUGAGGAGGUUUAAGCGUAGCAGAAGAGACAGGAGCCAUAACGAGCUGGUAUUGAAGAUGCUUUAGCCAUGACAUUGAAGAGAGGAGCAGAAAGAGGAGAAAGGAGGAAGCGG